AUGGGGCUCCACUCUUGGAGCGGGCCAUCUCAUCUUGGAAGCAAUGGUUUCACCGGUCGAAGGGCGGCGGCAGCGCCGCCGCCACCGGCCCCCAGGACCUGGCCCGCCGCCUCUCCUCCCUCCUCCGUCCUCCUGCAUUCCUCCAACGGCGGCAGGAGCCGGACGGAGCCCAAGAUUUCCGCUUCGGGAAGCUCCGCCGGUUCGUCUUCUGGGCGCCCGAUCAUCGGCGUCCUAGGCGGCGCCUCCGCCGUCUCCACGGUGGCCUUCCUAGAGAAACUCGUAAGAUGGAGCUCUGAAGGAGGAGAAGAAGAAGGAGAGUACCUCCCCUUCAUCGUCUGCAGUGACCCAUUACUCAGCAGGAAGCUCUCACUCAGAGAAACCAAGGGCUCCUCCCCUCGUUUUCUGAGAUCAAGAAAAGAAACCCGCGUUGAUGUGGAUCGGGAGGGCGUCGUGGAGGGUCUCCGGCAGAAGAGGCUCUUCCUGGAGAGCUCUGGGGCGCGGUGCAUCGUCAUGCCCUGCCACGCAUCGCAUUACUGGCACCGGGAGGUCUCCGAAGGCUGCUCCGUGCCCUUCCUUCACAUGGGUGAGUGUGUGGCCAACGAGCUCAGGGAGGCUGGCUUGAGGCCGGUUGAAGCUGGGAGCAAUGUCCGGAUCGGCGUUCUUGCGACUGGCUCGGUGCUGACUGCAGCCGUCUACCAAGGGAAGGUUCAGAAUCUGGUAAAAAAAAAAACAAAAAAAAAACAAAACCUUUCUGUUAUAGUAAAACUGUGUUUUUCAUUAGUAUUUAGCAUGGUUUUAUUGAUAUCCGGGGAAAAAACAAAACCUUUCUGUUAUUUAGCAUGGUUUUCAUUAGUAUUUAGCAUGGUUUCUUGUGAAAAAUCAAUCUCCAGUAUUUAAUACCUCUUCAAUCUAUAAUAUAUUUAGUAAAAAAAGUGAGAAAAAAAUAGCUGCCUGAUCUUAAAUCAUAUCUGCUCAUUGGUUAAUGAUCAUUAGUUUGAUCUUAAAUCAUACAUUAGUUUCAUAUCUUAAAUCAUAUCUGUACUUGGUUUAAUGAUCAUCAUCCCAUCCAAAACAUCCUCAGUUUGUUCUUCAUAAUGCUACCUGAUAAACUUCUGCUUGGUCUUACAGCACUUACAUUCAGACAAAUCUCAUGCUCAGUGUUCAUGGCUAUCUUCUUUGUCCUUGCAGCUCCUGCAAUCUCAUAGAUGAUCUAAGCCCUACAGUUUGUUAAAUCAUGAAUUUAUAUGAACCCAUUAACGGGAAACAUGAAGGUAGAUUAAACUAUAUGAAAAUGGGUUAGAAAUCUGACACGAUGUGUUAUUGGGCUGCUUUACCUUGGAACUUCAGUUGGAUCUUCCUCUGAUGAAGCUUGUAUAUCUGAAUCCCAGCUCUUUCUGGAAAUGUUUGCUUCUGAUCAUGCUUUCUGCAGGGAUAUGAAGCUGUUUUACCUGAUAAGGCAACAGUGGAGCACACAGUUAUACCUGCGGUCGAAGCGCUGAGAAGGAGGGACAUGGAGGGAGCAAGAACUCUGUUAAGAAUAACCCUGCAUGUUCUUCUGGUGAAGGCAGUAAAUAUGAUCAUCGUCGCCUCUGAUGAUCUGCGGGGUCUCCUCCCCCAGGAUGACCCCCUCCGCAAGAGAUGCGUUGACCCAAUAGAGACUCUGGCGAGGUCAACCAUAGAGUGGGCGCAUUCAACUCGAAGUCUCUGA